UUUUUUUUUUUUUUUUUUUUUUUUUUUUUUUUUUUCCUGCUAUGAGCGCGCGCGGAGUUGAAUCUUCCCGGCUUUCGACGCUCUCACGGCCGUCUCUGAGCGGGCUUUGUGCAGUAUCGCGCUGCAACGUGGAGCCAUCCAGGAAGAGGGUUCUUGUGCUCCCACACCUUGCGUACUCCCUUCGACCGCUACGUAGCGACGGCGGCCGCGCCCAACCACGCCCCGAAAGGUCCCAAGAGCCCAAGCGACGUCCUUGUACGACCACAACGGUGCGCCCUCCGGCAUCUUCCUAUGCUAACGGUCCGUGGGUACGUUUCAGCCUUCCAACGAGGAAAGGUGGUACGCUGGCAGUUUCACAGGCUCGAGACCGGCUAUUGACCGGUUGCAGCCGUGUAUCUCAAACCCGCAAAAGGUCUGAAGUGCUGUGCACAGCAUGUCCCCACCCACCGCCCAGUCAGAUCGCGAUCAUGCGGCAAACCUCGCCCCAGUGGCACGAAUGUGGCACUGCUCGUUCAGAUAAGGAACGUACCGACGCCCGUGAGGGUCAAAUGAUUUCUGAAGGUGCUAUCUGCCUGCGCCAGAUUCCUUUUCGGUGCCUUCAAUACCUGAAAGCAGCGCGGCGGGCGCUAAGGCAAUCACCGGUGAGGCCUAUUUCCCCCCGCCAUCCCUUGAUAGUGAGGGCAAAGGCGCGAUCUGGAUACCCGGCCCAGCGCCUCCCAGACAUCUCGGCCCAAAGCCAGAUCAGUCUGCCCUUCCCGCACCGCUCUCUUUUCUUCUUCUACAGUAUUUGAAUUCCCUCACAUUCUUCAGCCAUCACGCUGUAUAACAGCCACAGUUGUGCCGUCUGGGUUCCACGGUGCUGACAGGAUUACCUUGGCCAUAAUCACGAGGUGAAGGAGCUUUCUCCGCGCAUUUGAGUGACUGGAACCAUUCCUGGGGUCAGCUGUCGACACGACAGGAUCUUUCUCCGAUAGCUCAUCAUGACUCUUCGACCAAGGCAGAAAGUUAUGAGCAUCGACGGGCUUUUACCACAAAAUCCCAACAAGGUAGCACGCAUUCGCUUCCAGGCCCCGCGCUGUGCGAUUCUAGGAAGCGAUGCCGACCCUUGAAACGAACCUCUCGCGCACCGCAUAGAAGAAAGUCCCUAAUUCCCCGCGCAAUCAGCCUGCGGACUUGACCUGCUCCUACACUCUUCGUUUAUCCGCUCUACUCGAGUAAACUCCAAUCCAGGCCGGGGCUGGACAAGACCUUG